UGCCAAUGCAAACACGCCGGCCAAGGUGAUUCUUCGCCAGUUGACUCCCACCAGUUCCACUGUUUACUGUUUAUUAGUUAUAAUUUACUAUAAAACGGCGUUUAACAAACUUUUACCGGGUACUUAACCACCGACAAUCCGACAAUCCGACAAUCCGUCUACCAGACCAAUUUUAGUACCUAUUGUCAUCCUAAGGCCCGGCUAUCCUUUUUUUCGAUUUAUUUUUAUUCCUCGUUAAGUCAUCAUGCGAGUUUUUGUGUUUUGUGCCGUUUUAUUUGUCUGUUUUUUUACUUUUUUCACCGUAAAUUCGCUACCGAGGAAUCAAAAUAGCUGGGCCGAUAAGCCGUUCGAUUUUUACAAUUUGUCGGCGAGGAGCAACAAUGAUUUAACUAUCGACGAUGGAUUUAUUGUCAACACUAAUCCGCCUAAAAUAGCCUAUCCAAAAAUGCCUAAUACGUGCAGUAAUUGUAUUUGUGGCGUUGGAAGAAAAACGCGAAUUGUCGGUGGUACAACAGCAACAAUUGGAGAAUUCCCGUGGAUGAUUGCUAUGAGCAAACACGGACAAUUUCACUGUGGUGGGAGUUUGUUGACUAAACGGCAUGUUUUAACUGCCGCUCAUUGUUUAGAAGGAUUUGACAAGAGACAUUUUGAAAUAUUUAUCGGGAAGCAAGAUUUUGAUAAAUCGAGCUCGGCUGUGAUACGUCGACGCAUUAAAUCUUGGACAGUACACGAAGAUUUCAAUACUUAUAAUUUGGACAAUGAUAUCGCUGUCAUAGAAAUGGAUCGUUCUAUUCCAGUAGGAGGAGCGAUACGCACUGCGUGUUUACCAGAAAAUCGUGCCAUUGACUACACAGGAUCAUUAGCGACCGCUAUAGGAUGGGGCCGUACGACAGAGGGUGGGGAAGUAAGCUCAACAUUGAGGAAAGUAGAGCUUCCUGUCUUAUCUGACGAAGAGUGUGAUGAAGCUGGUUACCAAAAAUCUCGGCGCACUACUAAUAUGUUUUGCGCUGGUUACUUAGAAGGAAAACGCGACGCCUGUUCUGGAGACAGCGGCGGGCCUUUAUUGGUUGAAGGGCCCUACGGGCAUUUAGAAGUUAUAGGAAUAACUUCUUUCGGUCGAGGAUGCGCAAGACCAAGAUACCCCGGAGUCUAUACAAAAUUAACAAAUUACUUAGGAUGGUUACGUGAUAAUCUAGACGGAGAAUGUAUUUGCCCGCCUGCCAAAUAAUUAUUCAGAUUUUUCAAAUGAAUAAUUAUAAAAAAAAAAAAUUCUAGUCGUUUUAUAUUUUAAGAGUGUAAUUAAUAUUAAGAUACUUUGUGAUGAUUAAUUUAAAAUAAAUAAUAGUACCUAU